AUGUCUGGCUCAAACAACGCAUCAUCAUUGCGCGUGGCGAACGGCCCUUGUCCAUCCCCGGCAUAUGGCUUCGCGUGGGCGCAGGUGAACACGAUCGCCGCCUGGUUCGAGCAGUGGAACGAGUGCGAGCAGACGGUGGCGCUGUACUCGCUGCUGAAGCGGCUGGCGCCGGCCAAGGCGCGCUUCCUCGCCGUCGCCCUCGACCAGAGCCUGGCCGACUGCUCGGAGCUGCAGUUGCACGAGCACCAGGCCAACAACCCGGGAUUUGUGGGGAGUCUUUUGGCCGAGACUAAGGAAACUGCUCUGGAACAGCUGCUGCUUCAUCUGCCAUUGUUGAGGCCUGGCAACUACGAGGCAAAGUCGCGCUACCUGGAUGUAGUGCACAAGGUGCUGAGUCACUCUGUGGAGACUGGUGCUCACAUAGAAGAGGCUCGGCAGCUGCUAUCUUUGACUCAGUGGCUGCGUCAUCUCGAAGACAGGAUGGCUGCGGGCAGCCGGUUGCUACACUUUCCCUGCUCAGAUUCAACGCAGCAACAGCAGCAGCAGCAGCAGCAGCAGCAACAACAACAACUCUCUCAACACAGUGGUGGAGGUUGUGGCGGCAGUCUGCCGAACGGCCCUGGUGGCCAAAGCGGUUGCAGUGGUAGCAGCGGCUGUGGCGGGAGCAGCAGCACUAGUAGCUGGGGCUCCGUGUCGGCUCUGCAUUUUGGACCACAGCUGGCAUGUCAUGGUCCGCACCCUGCUGGCGCCAGCGACUGCUCUGCCGGGCAACUCAAUGGCCACUUCCUGGUACAAAAUUGCAGCUCGGCACCAUUGAUAAGUUCACAAGGCUCAUGUGGAAAUUACACCAAUGGAUCUCAUCCACGUGUGCGACGUAGUAAUAGUCUGACUCCACCAGUUAGCAUUAAUCAGUCAUCGGAUUUGUGGAGUUCACAGAAACCACGCAGCUUUUCGCUCUCAUCAGAGCAUGCUCCUCCUCUGUCUCCCCAGAGCUCCUUGGCCUCGUCCGGCAGCGGCUCAGAGUCUCAUUUGGAUGAGCUGAGGCAGGGGUUUGUGGGCGACGCCACUGGCAUGAAGGAUGUGCCGUCGUGGUUAAAAUCCUUGAGGCUCCACAAAUAUGUAUCGCUUUUCGCGCAGCUAUCAUAUGAUGAGAUGCUGACAUUGACUGAUGAGAAGCUUGCAGCUCAAGGUGUGACAAAGGGUGCUCGCCACAAAAUAAUCUUAAGCAUUCGGAAGUUGAAGGAGCGUUAUCACACUUUGUGUCAGUUGGAGAAGGACGUAUCAGAGGGUACCAAUCUGUGCGCAGCACUGGAAGAGCUCAAAAACAUUUUGCUCUCCCCCAUCAAAGCGAGAGAUGCCGGACCGGCACAAGCAUUGCUUGUGCCGACCUUAUCGCCGGCUCUACCCCUUUCCCCUGUGUCAACUUCCCCAUCCCCUCUGCCUGCCGGAGGGACAUCCACUUCCCCAUCCCCUGCUGCUGCCGGUGCCACUGUCACUCCGACUGUUACGCUGACUGUGACGGCUGCCACUAGUCCGUGUGAAACGUCACAAGAGGAGGCGGUGGCAGCAGCUGUAGAUGCUACCACUGCAUGCCAGGAGAGAGACGAGACUGACAAGGCUUUACAGGUUGAUGCAAGAUGCAAUGUAAAGAUGCAUUGCAGCUUGAGAAAGGGAAGGGGAGAUCUUCUCCGACGAGUAGGGCGAGCUUGUCAGAGUCAAAUUGUGUGUACACAAUUAUUGGUGUCGAAUCGUGCUGAGGAAGAGGCUGCACGCCUCUUCAUGCGCUUGCUGGAACGAGCACUGCAGCACGAGGCCUUUACGGCACAGCAGAAGCGCCGCCUCACCACAUGGAAGUUGCAAGUGCAAGAUGUGUGGAGCCCUCUGACAGCAGUGAUGGCUGCGAGUUUAGGACCAUCGUGCACUGGACCGGGGAUGGGCCAUCGCGGGGGAGAUCAGCGACAUAGUAGGCACAGGUGGCAUAGUCACAGCCAGUUUGGAAGCCCAUCGCUGCCUCAUCACCCACAUCACCAUCACCACAAUGGUUUCCCUCACCAUCUCCCUCUCCACCGACCACAGCAACCACAACCUUCUCAGCAAUCCCCCUCGGCGAUGAAUCGUUUCCCACCUCCACCACCUCCCAUGCCAGGGUCGUCGUCAUGCGCAUCUCGUGCCCUUCUCAACAAGACUGCAUCCCCGCUGCCCGCCUUCUCUGGCGGGGGCCUUUUUCCUCCGUCACCCACUGGUGGGCCUUCAGGCUCCCAACCACCAAUCGGCUCUCAGCACAGAAACAGCCUGACUGUACUGGGUGCUGGCGCUGGUCAGACAGGUCAGUUUUUGGCGAAGAGGCCAUCACUGCAGGACCCUCUGCCAGAGCCGAUGGACAGCCAUUCAACUCUUCAGCGAACACGUUCAGCACCUCUGAAACCCAGCCAUUUCUGUGGCUUGGGGUUCAGCUCAUCCCCAAGUCCAAGCACCUCAACGUCCACAAGUUCACGGACCCCCUCCACAGACGCAAGCGGAGCGAAUGAUCCAGAGAUCAACUCUCGCUUGGAAUCGCUCUGUUUAAGUAUGACUGAACAUGCAUUGGGCGGAUUCAAUGAGGUAUGAGCUACCUUGCUAUUCUGCCUCUCCGCUCAAGUCUUGUCUUCGUGAAUUUUCUCAGUCCCUUCAUGAUUUCAACCAACAUGUGGAGGCUGAAAAAUACAGGUUUUAUUGACGAUUUUAAGACGCUCCAUCAUGGAUCAGCAUGAAUUAGGGCGUCUGUAAAAGACUAGAUCCACUUACGUUCAUUGCCUUAUGGCUGAACUUUUCCUAUGCUUUUAAAAUAAUUAUUUUUUAAAUGUAUUCUAGUUCAUGUGCAAGAUUUUACCUCGAGUUAGUGGAAAGAGGCAACAUGUUUUGUUGAGGUUUUUCUUCCUUAGUAUAUUGAACUCGUAGAUAACUCAAGAAUGAGUUACAUAUUUUUCUGGCUUUGUUUUGUUGUUGUUUCUUUUCUUUCUUUCUAUUUUUAUUUGAGAAAAUUUCUGGUGAGAUUCAAGUCCUUAUGUUCUAUGCAUUUGCAACGGUAUUCCAGGACUUGAUGAUUUGCACUAAUUUCAGGACAAGAAGUUUUGGGUGCCAUUUAAUCAGAACACAUUAUGUGAAUUAAGUGUAUUUAUGCUUUGAUUGAGUGAGACAGAGCUAAUUCUCUACCCCUUUUUCUUGUUUGUUGCAUUUUCAACUUUUUAGAGUACUUAAAAAGUACUAUUAUGAUUUAUUUGAGUAAUUCUAAAUUUUUAUGACUAUGGCCCUCUAUGAGUAGGUGCUAACUUGUAACAACAGAUAACGAAGAUUGUUCUGUUUGACACUCUUUAUCUACAUAAGACUGCCACUUUCUGGAGACAGACUGUUGAAUAACUGGCAGGCCAGUUAUAGGAUGAGCUAUUUUGUGCAUACUCUGCUCCGUACCAGUACAAAGUCCCCCCCCCCCUUUCUUUCUGGGAAUCGGAGGGCUAGAAUCUCGAUUUAUUUUAUUUGCAAUUUACAGACUUGAAGUAGAAGUCUUCUAUGAUGAGUCAUAUGAUUGUUCUUGGGUGUGCAGGCAAUGCUAUAUCAUAGUCUGGUUUCCCCAACCUUUUGGCCAUCUAAUGGCCUUCUUAAGAGCUGAAAUAACAUUUCCUACAGACACAUUUCUACCCUGAAGCUGGCCACAAAUGAGAUAUCCAAAAUUGGCAAGCCUUCCUGGUCAGCUGAGAAUAAUCAUUUAACAAACCUUCCCACAUUUGUGGAUUAGAGAGUAUUGUUUAGCUUGAGGCUGUUUUAAAGGAGGUACAGGAAAGUUGUAGAUCAUAUCCUGCAGAACCUUUGUUAUUUGUAAGAGAAAAUAUUUGUUUUUCAGAAAACAAUUCUAUUAAUUAAUUUUUUGAUGCUGGUACAUCAGAGAUUCAAGAAUAUGCAUGAUUCAUUAUGUUAAAAAAAGUUACCAUUCGUUGUUUCUCAUUGAAUAUGCAAGACGAACAACUUGUUAUACAUUCAUAUGUUUCAUGUCUUCACCCUCUCCAAAAGACUAUAAUAAAUCAGAUCAAAUGUUUAUUUUUAUUUUUAAUGUUUGGGAAGUAUAUGAUGAUAAGUGGUGAUGGAGCAGUUUGUGUUCCAUCUUUAAUAUCUCAUCCACAGCACAGUUAGAUGCCGAUGCUAUAGACGCAUUUAUACAGAAGGGCUAUUUUAUGAUUGUGUCUGGGUCACACAAUUGUGAGUAACUAAGAAAGUUGUUUCAAAAAUUUGCUGAAGAGACAAAAUUCAGUGUUCUGCUUGUCGAAAGCACUUCUCUGCCCUGGAUGCCUCCACCGCUACCCCACUCCACUCCAAACACACACGUGCACUCGCACUUUUUUCCUUCUUUUUCUUUCUUUCUUUCUUUCUUUCUUUCUUUCUUUUAAAUGUAUUUUUGCUUUUUGUAUGACACAUUUGAUAAGAAAGCCUUCCUGUACAAUAAUUGCGAACUAAAUUAACGGUAAAGUUGUUCUGGUAUGCACUGUUUGUAUUUAUGUGUAGAAGUGGAUGGAUUGUAGUCUUUUGCUCACAUAUCUAUAGUGCCUGUAUCUGUUGGCAUUCUUUUGUCAGUCUUUUUUACUUCUUAUUCAAUCUUCCUCACUAGAAGGCUAGAGAAAAGCAAUAGGUUGUUUAGAAAUGCACCUUUUUGCUACGUCUCAUUUUCUCUCUACUCUCCCCUCUCGGAUUGAAGUGCAUUCUAUAUACCUCUGAAUGGAUCAAAAAAUGAUUGUUAAGUUUUUGCCAUACAUCUUCCAGUGCAUUUUGCAUUUUAAUCUUAGCUAUGUAGACACACGUUUUAUUCUUCAAACAGGCCUAAAAUAUUCUGUAAGACCUUGUCGUUUAAUCCCAGUGUGAAGGAUAGGUUGAAGGAAUUGGUUUUUCCCUUCUCCUUUUUUUUUUUAAUAAUAAUUAUUAUUAUUAUUAUUAUUAAAAUUAUUAUAAUGUUCCUCCACUUAAAUGUUUAGCUGCACAAAAAUUGUUUGCUUCUCCAUGAAGUAUUACCCGAGAUCUCUUUGUGUGCAGUUGAGGAAAUCGUUUUUGUUUGGGUUUUUUUCUCCUUUUAUUAUAUUAUUUUCUAAUUAUCAAUAAACUAAAACUAUUACGUAGUUACAAAGUCAAUACGAAGACUGGGAAACAUCAACUUUGCAGCUGGCUGCUAUGUAAGCUGAGUUGAUAAUGUUUCGAACUUCUUGCUUAUAUUAAUAAAAGCAGAACGUUCAUGGUAGUAAAUUAUAGAGUGCUACAAGGAACAGGUUUCUUUGAAAUAUGAGUAAUUUUGUAUGUAAUGACAGUAUCUUAAUAAUUAGAAAAUUGUUCUUGGUGUAGUUCAACCUGUCACUUGAAAUGUUAUUCGGAGGCAGGGUGGACUUUGUAUUGACAGUAGUAGUAGUAGAUGAAUGUUAUCCAUGGAAUUUCUGGAAAACAGUGUUGUUUGGGUCUCAUCUUUUUCACUUUUUUAUUGUAGAUUUGUUUGAAAGAUGAUAGCUUUGUGAGAGAAGCUCACAGAUCUU